AUGGAGAUUGAAUGUUCUUCAGCCUUCAAUGUUCUACCUAAUAAUAUAGUGGUGGAUAUUCUUGCUCGGGUCGCCGCCAACUCUAUAGACGAUUUCUUCAAUGCGAAAAUAAGUUGCAAGAUCUUUAACAAAUUAGCUGAAGAAGACUACAUAUAUCAACAAAUAUCAAUCAACAAAAUUCCGGACAUAAUGUGGCGGCAUGCCGAAGAAGGCAAUGCCUUCAUUAAGAGGUGCAUCAAAUGCAAUAAUUUGGAGGCUUUGUACAUGGAAGGACUAAAAACGUAUAUAAGUCUUGGGAAGGUAGAGCUAGGAAUGGAGCUACUGAAGAGGGCCGCGCAAAUCGGGCACUUUGGAGCUUCCUAUGCCAUCGGACUCCUCCUUGUUGGCGAGGAUGGCGAGUUAUUGGAGGAAGGAGUUCGACUGUUGAGACAAGUCUACGCGAGCGGGCGAGUGGUGGAAUGCCGCAAGAAGUUUCUCCAUGUCAUGCACAACAUAUGGUGGAAAUAUGCAUCGUUCUUCAAAAAAGAGCCUCCUCGCUAUUACUGCCCAAUGGAGACCAAGCACCGCAAGAAGAGAGGAUGGGUGUGCGACAUCAACCAUUACGUCGAAACCGAAUGCGAACAAUGCAUUUGCCGAGCAGAAAUAGAGAUCCUCUGCGAGUAUCGCAGACGGCCGUGA